AUUUUUAAAGGAGAUGAUGACGUUUUUGUAAAUACCCAUCAGAUCCUGGAUUACUUGAAGACGUUAUCGGCAGAAAAAGCCAAAGAUUUAUUUAUCGGGGAUGUGAUCAAAGAUGCUGGACCUCAUAGGGACAAGAAACUGAAGUACUACAUUCCUGAGAGCCUUUAUGAAGGCUCCUACCCUCCAUAUGCUGGUGGUGGAGGCUUCCUCUAUUCUGGCAGUCUGGCGUUAAGACUAUACAAUGCAACAUCUAGGGUCCUUCUUUAUCCUAUAGAUGAUGUAUAUACUGGAAUGUGCCUUGCAAAACUUGGGUUAGCUCCAGAGAAACACAAAGGGUUCAAGACAUUUGAUAUAGAGGAGAAACAUAGGAAUAACAUUUGCUCCUAUUCUAACCUAAUUUUAGUCCAUCCCAGGAAGCCUCAAGAAAUGAUUAAGAUUUGGUCACAGUUACAAGACUCUAGUUUAAACUGUUAG